AUGUCUUCAUUUUUUAAUCGCCAACCAGAAUUAUUUGACACAACAAAAAAGUUUGGUGCUGGAACAAGUAGUAAUGGAGGAGGAAAUAAUAAUACUUCAACUUCUUCUAUGAAGAAAGGAAGUGGUUCAAAUUUGGCAGCUGCCGGUUUGGCAAUGAUGGCAGAAAAGCCGUUGGGGCCUGAUGAAAUUGAUAGUGUUCCAGGUUUCUUUAAAAAAACUAUUUAAGAAGGAAUCUUAAGGGGUUGGGGUUCUCGUUUCUGUUUUACCUUGGAAAGUCCGCAAACGUCUCAAAAUAAAGAAUCAUCGUUCGAAGAUUUUUGAAAGUUUCGAAUUUACACCUUUUGGGUUAGGUCACGGAUUCGAAUACUCUUGGGGUAAAACAUUAUUUGUAAAAAGUAUUUUCCUCAGAAGUAAUUCCAGACACCUUACAAGGGAACAUUC